CUACUGUGUCAUCUGCUAUCAGGACCCAUCUGAAGAAGAGUCUCAACUCAAGGAGUCACCUAUCCAUGUUCUCCAGAGAUGCUGCCAGACCAGUGUUACUCCAGUACUUUGUGCGCUUUUGAACCACUAUCGUAUACGCAUGGGGUUCACCAAUAUUUAAACCAUUAUUAACCACCAUUGCAUUCCAUGGAGUGCAUGUCAUUCUUGUACUUGGACGAUGCAUCACUCAUACCUGUUGAGGUUAACCAUUCACAUAUUGAAUUGGAAAUUACCUCCAUUUGGAAGUUCCUCAUGCAACUCUCACUGACUAGUCUUUCCUCAUCAAUGCCUCAUCCUUAAGGUAGCAACCCAACGGGCUGGCCAUUGAAAUAGGGCUGAUACCACCCCCUUCCAAAGCCAUGUAUUAACCCUCUGCAACUGGUUCAUUCCAACCACUGAGGUCAUCGUGACACGCCCCCUCCAAACGACGUUACCCCCGUCCCCCUCAAUUCUCUCCAGAAUGAAAUAUUUUGGGUGAGCAACAUAUUUACCUUUAUCGUGUAUGUAUACACUGUGAAGGGUUCAAGUUCAAGUUCACAUUUAUUGCCACAAGCACCAAUUACGGUACAGUGAAAUUUGAGUUACCAUGCAACCAUACACAAAAAGAACACAAUACACUAUAGAAUUUAACAUAAACAUCCGCCACAUUGGAAUCAACAUUCUUCACUGUGAUGGAAGGCGAUAACGUUCAGUCAAUCUUCGUCCUUUGUUCACCCGUGGUCGGGGCCAUAAACCCUCCGUAGUCGCCGUUACGGACGGCCCGAUGUACAAGCCUUCUCGUCGGGAUGAUCGAAACUCCGUCGUCUGGACAGGUCGGAACACACACUCUGCAGGUCGAAAGGCCGCACCAAUCCAGUUAUUAGGCCGCGAGGGAGGUGACGAUGCGACAAAGUGAAAAGUCACAUCUCCUUCGAGGUAAGUGUUCCCCCACACUAAAACAUACAUUUAGACAUACUAAAAAACAAAAAAUGUCGAAAGGACGAACACGCUGCUGGCAAGGCCUCCGCUCGCGGCGCCACCCGAUGACAGGAUGUAAGAAGGGCUCGAUUGUAAUCGUGUAUUGUCUUUCUGCUGACUGGUUAGCAUUCAACAAUAAAGCUUUUGACUGUGUCUCCGUACACGUGACAAUAAACUGAUCUGAACUGAGUAGGAGGGAACUGCAGAUGCUGGUUUCCACUAAAGGCGGACACAAAAUGCCAGAGUAACUCAGAGGGAUGGGCAACUUCUCUGGCGAGAAAGAAAGGGUGGCGUUUCGGGUCGACACCCUUCUUCAGACUGAGAGUCAGGGGGGACUAGACCAGACUUGACUAGACUAGACUCCAACAUUUGGGUGCCAAAAAUGCAACCAUGCAAACAAAAAAAAAUACAAGUGCUCCUUGAACUUUGUAUGAACGUUUAGGGAGACAUGUUUCCUGUGCAUGGUGUUAUUUAAAGGGGGAGGGGAGAGACUCUUGGCAUUGGAUUUAGAGAGAUGCACAAGACACUUUAACUUUAUUGGUCAAUGCCACGAUAUGCAAAUCGUGUGUCACGUCACUUCCAGGUGGAAGAGAACGCCAUUUUGUCCGGGUCGUUGCUGUUGUGAAGGGAACCGGUGGCUAUUGUGGCGGCACGUUAUCGCCAACGCGUUCAGCUGUCCUGUCCUGUCCUGUCCUGCCCUGUCCUGUCCUGCUAGCGGGGCCGAGCCGAGCCGGGCCGAGCCGGGGCGGGCAGGGAGGCGGAGCCCGAUAAAGUCGGGACAAAGUCGGGACGACGGCUGGAGAUACAGUAAAAAAACAUGUAUCAGCUUCCUGUAACCAAUCUGGAAAUUCUCAGAAAAUCCAGGAAAAAGGUGAAGAGGAUCUUGUCUGAUAUUGGUCUACAAUGCUGCAAAGAACUGUUGGAGGAAUUUAAAAGUUAUCAUCCAGGAGAUUACUACAUGAAAAACACAACAUGGUCUGACCUUUCAAAGUGGCACUCAAACAAAAAGUCUAAGGUCCACCCCUACCGAACGAAACCAUUUUGCUGUAGCCUAUGUGACUUCUCUACAAAGUUUAUUAACGCUUAUAAGAGUCACAUGCGCUGUUAUCACGAGGAUGAGAUGGAUAUGGAGAUGUUGGUCGGCUGCUCUAACUGCACAUUUACCGCACACCCCAAGCUCGUGAAGAAGCAUGGCAGAAUAUUCCAUCUGGAUACUCGGAGAGCGCACGGCGCUGCCAACCACGACAUUGACGAUCAAGUAGGGGGGAAGACACAACCCAAGACGUACCAGGGCAAAAUGCCAAAUCUAGUCAAGCCAGUUUACUAUUGCAGGGUAUGUUCCUACAAAGAUGUCUCUGUGUACGGCAUAAAGAAACAUGUCUUUCUGUCCCAUUUCGGCAGCUUCGUCAACAACUACACCGGUCAGAUCGUGGACCAGGUAGAUCUCUUGGUGUACAACUAUUUUUGUAAAGGAUGCCACGUGAAAAUGGCCACCCACGAUGCUUUGCUCUAUCACGUUCUGGAAAAGCACAAAGAAGUGGACGGGCCAGUCAAGGCAAUGGUUGGACAUAUAUCGGAGCUGAAACCCAGGCCCCACAUCGCUCCCAAGCCCCAGACAAGCAAGACCUCCGCACUGUCACCGUGUAGCAUCAGGCUAGCUGGUCAAAUGCUGUCCGGACCUCGGGCUGCCGGGUCGGCUCUUAGCAUCAGACUGAAAGGCCCGAUGCUCACGUGCGUGAAGCAGGCCGCCUCAAUGGCGAACACCACGCCGUCUAUCCCGGUGAUCUCCAGCGUGGUGUCUCCCAUCGCGGCACCGGUGCGGGCACAGCAGUCGCUGAAUGUGUUGGCGCUCCCUCCGAAUUUCAGUCCGGUGUCUUUGGGCUCGAUGAAUCCGGCGUUGAACGCUUUCCAUACGGUGCCGAGCAGUCUGAUCCCAGUGACCAGCUCUGGUGGACUCCCAAAGCCAGGCCAGGUUAACCUGGUGCCUGCCACCUUCCAGAUGAGCCAGAGUAACCUUGCCAUCAGGGCGGCGGGUCCGGUGCUCCCUCGGGCAUUCCUCAUGCCGCAGGGAUUGACCAUUGACCGGGCGGUGAGACCCAGUAUUCCAGGGAACGGCCCGUCGGCCAAUUUGCCGACGGUUAAGCAUCUAAUUCAGAGCAGGAAAGACGCCAACGGCUUACCUGCCUACACCCUAACUCCAGUUCAGUUCGCCUUGCCUGUUGCUCCCACUGCGACCAGCAGCAGCAGCAGCAACAAGCUGGGCGUGCUCUCCACCAUGCAACUGCCACUUCAUAUCGACCGGACGAAUUGUAAAGCGCCGUCCGUUCCCCGGCAACCACGCGAAGAACCGUCGGUGAUCGCAGUUGGCGCCGUGGAGCGGGAACCGGCGCCGUCGAUGCUCGCGGUUGCUCUAAAUCUGCCGCCGGCGCCCGUCCCCAGAGCCCAACAGUGGAAGAGCUGUUCCCUCUGCAGCUCACUGUUACCGCUCAGCGCCUACGACAACCACAUCGCCACCGCGCACAGGGCCAACAACAACAACAGGCCUGAGAAGGUCGUGGCCUGUGCCAACUACCUACAGAGGGCCGGCGCCCACAUCUGCAAGUGUCUGUUCUGUGAGUGUUACGUACACGAAAACCUCCUGUUUUGCCAUCUGCUAAUGCAUGGCCUGACCUGCUUGUUCUGCUCGCAAACCUUCCACGAUCUGGCCAAGUUUACCACGCACACCAAGUCCUCGCACGCUGGGCUGAGGUUCGAAGUGGUGGAAAACGGCAAAGACGGAGCCUCGGCUUCCAACCAAAUCAACGAAGGCGGUUUUAACUUGACUAUCACGUUACCAGAAGAUGAAAUGGGUCCCAACGACAUCCACCUGACCCUCAUUCCCAGCAAAAUGUCCUCUCCUCACGCGCCUUUCGUAAUCGAGGUGUGCAGGCACAAGGCAGAGGAGGUAGACAUCAUUGCACAGGCUGUAACCCCGGGGCCACCAAGCUCAGAGUGUCCUUUCUGUAGGAAUCAUUUUCGGGGUUCGAAAUAUGAAAAGCAUUUGCACGAGAAACAUCACGUGGCACCUAUUCUUCAUCCGCUACUGAAGAUACCCUCGUUUAAGUGCAUUUACUGUCUCGGCGUGUACACAGACCACAUGGCGGCAUCAACAAUCUCUCUCCAUCUAUUUCGCUGCAGGGGCCUUAAUAAAAUGCAAACUGUUACUUUGCCAAAAGACACUGGACUGUCAAAGCGUGCGAUUUCUGAAAUUGGCGAAUUGGGGGCUGAACUGGUUUCAAAUGGCGACGGAAGAAAUUUAGCGCCGCCGGCUUCAAAACGAUUAAAGACUGAUGUAGCCACCGCCUAUUCUGAAGCCCCUCCUUUAGCACGGAGUAACACGGCGAAUACUUCACACUCCUUGCCCGCUUCGGAUCCAUCUACUGUGCUGGCGCUAGUCCCGAAAGGAUUUGGCCAUCGCCCCAACAAAGAACGAAAGCUGUUCCUCAACGACUACUUUCACAAGCAACCUUACCCGAGCAAUAAGGAGAUCGAGGUGUUAUCUUCAGUCCUGUCCCUGAAGAAGAACGACGUUGCCCUCGUCUUUGACACAAAACGGGGGUCGUGCUUGAAAGCAAUGAAGGACAAACCUUUUGUGCUUUUAGGAUUCAACAUGUCGGAACUGAAGAAAGUAAAGCACGGGAUCAGAUUUGAUUUUGGGGGAACAAACAGAAAGUCGAAUAGGAGUUAGUUAUGGCUUGCGUAGGAGGGAACUGCCGAUCCUGGUUUACACUUAAGUUAAGACACAAAAUGCUGGAGUAACUCAGCGGAACAGGCAGCGUCUGUGGAGAGAAGGAAUGGGUGGGUGACGUUUCUGAAGAAGGGUCUCGACCCGAAAUGUCACCCAUUCCUUCUCUCCAGAGAUGCUGCCUGUCCCGCUGAGUUACUGCAGCAUUUUGUGUCAAUCUUUGGAUUAUAACUGUCCAUCUUUCCAAAUUCUGAAAAUGAAUGACUUUGACAGUGAUACUGUAGAUUAUUGUGUAAACUUUGUCCAGACUCCAUUGGUGAAGUUGUGCACCGAAGAUGGACACACAAUGCUGGAGUAACUCGAAAGAAUGGGUGACAUUUCAGGUCGAGACACUGCUCCAUUCUCCAGUCUGACGAAGGGUCUCGACCCGAGAUGUCACCCACCCAUUCCUUCUCUCCAGUGAUGCUGUCUGUCCAGCUGAGUUACUGCAGCAUUUUGUGUCUAUCUUUAGUUUUGACAUGAGUGUCCACCUUGGUCAUAGGGUACAAAUACAGGGACUAAUCUAUACUGGAAGACAAUCAAAUUGUUCAUGGCAUUUUGCUUUAGGGGAUGCUUCUUGUGCCAUACUGGUCAUGAUUCCUUGUGGCUGGAAGCUCGAGAUCAAGAUGAAUCUAAAUACAAAGGUUUAACUCGAAAUCCUGCUUAAAGCCAAAAAUGUUAUUGUGUUUAUUUACAGCCACUUUACAUGGAUGCAGUGCGGUUUGCAAAAUGAAAUGUAAACUUGCAUUCAGGUAGAAAGGGAUAUAUUGGUAUUAAGCACAGGUUCACGAUGAGCUUUGCUAUAUAUGUUGGAGGAUGAAUUUAAUGUCAAUAACACUGUGACUUUUGCUCUGCCCAAUUUACAAAGUUCCUGCCUUUGCAGUUUCUUAAUGUUUGUUUGAAACAUGAAAAGGAGGGUGAGAAGUACAGUUUAUUCGGUCAAACCUGCUGCAAAGUUGCCUCUUUCAGUUUAGUAUAUUGUCAGAUGUACAGUGAAAAGCUUUUUGUUGCGUGCUAUAGAGUCAGCAGAAAGACAAUACGCGAUUACAAUCGAACCAUUUACAGUGUAAUGGGUGCAGCGAUUGUAAUCUGAUUGUAGAUCUGCUUCUUUGUUGGGCGCCAUCUUGGAUUAUUUUUUGACAUUGCCUAGUCCAUUUUUCCAAUGUUCGUGACGAAUUUAGGAUUAUGAUGCCUUGUCUGCUUUUCACUAUCACAAUUUUGUAGUUCCUCUUCUUUUCACUAUUACAAUUUUGUAGUUCAUUUCACAAAUGAUUAAAAAAAAAAUCACAGUUCAUCAUUCAACAAUUAGUCCUAAAUUAUUUCUCAAAACUAAUUUCUUUCUAGUUUUUAGUUUAGAGAUACAGUGUGGGAACAGGCCCUUCGGCCCAUCGAGUCCACACCGACCGGCGAUCCCCAAACAUUAACACUACCCUACACGCACUAUGGAACAAUUUACAUUUAUACCAAGCCAAUUUACCUACAAACCUGUACGUCUUUGGAGUGUGGAAGAAAACCGAAGAUCUCUGAGAAAACUCACACGGUCACGGGGAGAACGUACAACCUCUGUACAGACAGCACCCAUGGUCUGGAUCAAACCCGGGACUCUGGCGCUGUAAGGCAGCAACUCUACCGCUGCGCCACUUUGCCACCCACUUUCAAAGUACAUUCCUAGUGUGCGUUGGAUGGUGUCAAUGUGCGGGUAUAACUGGUCGGUGCAGACUCAGUGGUCGAAGGGUAUGUUUCCGCACUGUAUCUCUAAACUAAAAACUAUUAUCAAUUCUAUUAAUCACUAAUACUACUAAAUAACCAUUGAAUGUAUUCUGGUUAUAAAAUUGCACACAACAUUUCAAAAUUACUAGGUAACUUGUUAUUGAGGUAAUGUUCAAACAUGCUUUUCAAUUGUCAUAAGGAAUAGGAGUAGAAUUAGGCCAUUCGGCCCAUCAAGUCUAUUCCACUAUUGAAUCAUAGUUGAUCUAUCUCUCCCUCCUAUCCCAAUUCUCCUGCCUUCUCCCCACAACCCCUGUCACCCGUGCUAAUCGAGAAUCUAUAUCUGAUUGGAUGCCUGAAAUGGGACAAAAUCUCAAAUCUAACUUUUAAGUGCUGUUUCCAAACUGCAGGAUUUUGUUAAUUUUCUGCUGGUGUGUUUUGGUCUGAACUGUCCCAUUACCAAUCGGUGAGUUAUUAUUUAUUACAGCCAGCUGAUUGGAGCUUUCCCAACAUUUCGUUGAAGAGGAUGUAAUAUUUAAAUACUCCACCAAUUAUUGCAAGAAAAUGUUCCUGGAAAAUUUAAUUAUAUGUCACGGUGGUGCAGCGGUAGAGUUGCUGCUUUACAGCGCCAGAGGCCCAAGGUCGAUCCUGACUAUGGGUGCCUGUUUGUACGUUCUCCCCGUGACCUGCGUGGGUUUUCCCCAGGUCCUCCAGUUUCCUCCCACAGUCCAAAUACGUACAGGUUUGUAGGUUAAUUAGCUUGGUAUAAAUGUAAAUUGUCCCAAGUGUGUGGAGGAUAGCGUUAGUGUGCGGGUUGGUUGGCACGGACUCGUUGGGCCGAAGGGCCUGUUUCCACACUUUAUCUCUAAGCUAAAAAACAAAAACUAAGAUUGGCUUCUCUGAUUCAGCUGGACUGCGAAGUUAUUGGUGAGAAAUGUUGGGAUUCAUUGCAACAGCAGCCUUCACAUCGUUUUGUAAAUCAUGGGAGGAAAGAAUGCUGGAUUUUCUUUCAAUAAAACGCACUUGCCUCUUUUUAACCCCUUCAGUUUAUCUUCCAAUUUUUCAUGAUCUUUCCUUCCAUAGAACUCUUUCAUAUUUUUUUUGUUCAGAAGGUGAACCAAGAAACGGCAUGUAGUGUCAUCGAGUCAUCCAGCGUGGGAAACAGACCCUUCGGCCCAUCUUGCCCACACAGGCCAACAUGUCCCAUCUACACUAGUCCCACCUGCCUGCAUUUGGCCCAUAUAUCCCUCUAAACCUGUCCCAUCCAUGCACCUGUCUAAUUCUUCCUUAAACGUUGCUAUAGUAUCUUCCUCAACUACCUCCUCCGGCCGCUCGUUCAACCACCCUUUAUAAGAAAAAGUUACCCCUCUGAUUCCUCUCUGAAAAGUUACCCCUCUGAUCUUUUCCCCUUCUCCCUGAAAGUAAAUCCUUUGGUCCUUGAUUCUCCUACUGUGGGCAAGAGACUGCGUCCACCUGAUCUAUUCCUCUCAUGACUUUAUACAUGUUCAUGUUUGAUAGAUGUUUUAUACACGUCAUAUAUAUUCAUUCAUUGCGAUAUCAUUAACUUCCUCCCCCUUUCAACUCCGUUUCAGUUUAGUUUAUUGUCACAUGUACUGACGUACAAAGAAAAGCUUUUGUUGCGUGCUGUCUAGUCAGCGGAAAGGCAAUACAUGAUUUAAAUCGAGCCAUUCACAAUGUACAGAUACAUGAUAAGGGAAUAACGUUUAGUGCAAGGUAAAGCCAGUAAAGUCAUAUAUAUUCUGAGGGUCACCAAUGAGGUGGAUAGUAGUACAGGACUGCUUUCUGGUUGUGGCAGGGUGAUUCUGUUGCCUGAUAGCACCCUACAUCAUAAUACCUUGAUUUAAGUAACUAAACAGUUCUGAAUGUUUUCUAAGAGAACCAUUUGUUCAUAAGUUCUCGGAGCAGAAUUGGGCCAUUUGGCUAUUGUACUCGGCCAUUCAAUCAUGGCCGAUCCAUCUCCACCUCUCAACCCCACUCUCCUGCCUUCUCCCCAUGACCCCAGUUAUAAGUUCAUAAGUGACAGGAGCAGAAUUAGGCCAUUUGGCCCAUCAAGUCUACUCCGCCAUUCAAUCAUGGCUGAUCCAUCUCCACUCUCACCCCCACUCUUCUGCCUUCUCCCCAUAACCCAUGACACACAUCCAAAUCAAAAUGUACACUCUCAGCUAUGAAUGCUUGGGCUUUGUUUCAUUUUCUUUCUGGGGUGAAUAAUAAUAAUAAUAAUAAUUUUUUUUUUUGUUUGUUUUAAUUUAUUUGUGGGCGCCUUUCAAAAGUCUCAAGAACACCUUACAGAAAUUAACAAGAGUAAAAAACCAUAUAAUCGGAGUAAAAUAAAUAAUAAAGACAUCACCAAUACACAAAUUAAAGACAGAAUUCGAUCCAAAGACAAAAAAUCAAAAAACACAAUGUGAAGAGAGAGCAGCGGCAGCUAAACCGCGCUAGCGUACACUCUCCCUUCCGACAGCCAUCUGGGACACAAACUAAAAUAUUGUGCUGUAAAUAUGGUGCUGUAACUGCAUUAAUCCCAACCCUACAGUUUACAAUCUUCUGCUUCUGCAUGCUACUGCACAACUUCCAACAACUGGGCUAUCUCGUGCAGGUUACGCUCGCAUGGGCGCUGGUUACAAAAGGGUUAUUUAGAUUUUUUUGUGGACAAAUUUGGUGAGAUGAUCCAUGUCCAAAGUUGUUGAGCUGUGACUUGAAGUGUGACAAGGUUGGUGCACAUCUGGUGGUGUCGGGAAGGAUAGUGCAUGGAUAUAGUGACUGUAGAUAGCUAUGUUUGUUUGCUCUAAUUCUAGUGUGAAUAAAGAGACCUGAUCUUGUAGAUUUCCGGGUAUUGGAUUGAAUGAAGUGAGAUCUGUUACUGGGGAUGAUGCUAUGAGUCUCCUUGUAGACAGCACAAAAGCGGCUCCCAGCCAAGGUGAUUUAACAUAUCGGAAACACUUGACUGUCCUGAGUAGUCGUUAUAGACAAACCAGGCUGCACGCCUCUGAACCUUGUCAAGGGUGUUAAUGUUAUAUUUCUGGUGAAGGUCCCAUAUUGUCUGGGAAUUUUCCAACAGUGGGCGGACAAGUGCUUUGUACACUACCUCCUUAGUUGGUUUGUCACAACUGGAUAAGUUUCUCUGGAGAAGACCCAAAGUUCUGUUUGCUUUGUGGCAAUCUGGAUUAUGUGUCUGUUCCAGGCUAGGCCAGAUAUGAGUUCAACUCCCAGGUAUGGGUGGUGAUCAACUUCUUUAAGCAGGCUGUCUCCCAUCUUGUACCCGUUCAUGAUCGGCUUGGCUUUAUGAGUAACUCUCAUGGAAAAGCAUUUGUUGUGAUUGAAACCCAUUUGCCAAAGAUGGUUUAUGUCAUUUUGAAGAACCUUGGCAUCUUCAGCAGAUUUGAUUUCUCGAUACACAAUACAGUCGGCUGCAAAGAGUCUCACUUUGGAAGACGGGUUGUCAGGCAGAUCGUUAACGUAGAUCAAGAACAGCGAGGGCCCCAACACCGUUCGUUCCCUGUGGCACGCCGGACUCGACUGGAGAUUGUUGUGAUGACUCACCGUCUGCCACAACCUUUUGAUGACGUUUGUUGAGAAUCUGCAAAUCUUGACAAUCUCCCGGAACCACAAACUAAAAUCUCUGUAUGGAAGGUAAUAAUUUGUGCUUUGCAAAUGUACUUGUUUUAAAAAUAUGUUUGAAAAGAUUUAUGCUACUUUUGAUUAUACUUCUGGCAAAGUGAGUGCUUUUAGCCAUUGAGGUAACCAGGUGGUCCCGAUCCGAAACGUUGCUUAUCUACGUUCUCUACAGAUACUGCCUGACCCGCUGAGUUACUCCAGCACUUAGUGUCCAUGAGCCUUGUAAACAUUGUCGUUCAUGGAGUCAUAGAGAGAUUCAGCGUGAAAACAGGCCCUUCAGCCCAACUUGCCCACACCCGUCAACAUGUCCCAGCUACACUACUAGCUAUAGACCACCCGCCUGCGUUUGGUCCAUAUCCCUCCAAACAUGUCCUAUCUAUGUACCGACCGCUCAACUGUUUCCAAGUGUUUCUUAAACUUUCAUAAACGUUGGGAUAGUCCCUGCCUCGACUACCUCCUCUGGCAGCUUGUUCGAUACACCCUUUGUGUGGAAAAAAUUACCCCUCAAAUUCCUAUUACAUUUUUCCCCACUUAAUCCUAAACCUAUGUCCUCUCGUCCGCGAUUGACGUAGACAAUAGGUGCAGGAGUCGGUCAUUUGACCCUUCGAGCCAGCACCGCCAUUCACAAUGAUUGAUCAUGGCUGAUCAUCCACAAUCAAUAGACAAUAGAUGCAGUAGUAGGCCAUUCGGCCCUUCGAGUCAGCACCGCCUUUCAAUGUGAUCAUGGCUGAUCAUCAGUGUCCCGUUCCUGCCUUCUCCCCAUAUCCCUUGACUCCGCUACCUUAAAGCGAUUUCAUAAGGCAGAGAAUUCCACAGAUUCACAACUCUCUGGGCAAAAAUCUCAUGAUUUUUAUUUUCCCAUACACCUCCCCUCCCUCAUCCUCCUGUGCUCCAAUAGACCAUUUGGCUGAUGAAAUAGGGGAAAAAAAGUCGUCUAAAAAUACAAGUAGCAGUGAUGCUAUUGGCCAAAUAAUUAAAUUUAGUUUCUGCACUGAUUACUAAAUGUACACUCUGUGGGGUUCAUAAAUAUUUGUGUACAUGUGUCUCCAAUACGUGACCGAUAGUAUAAGCUUGCUAAACUGUCCAAUUACUUGUUGACGACUAGGUCAUAAGGUCAUAAUUGAUAGGAGCAGGAUCAGGGCAUUCGGUCCAUCAAGUCUACUCCGCCAUUCAAUCAUGGCUGAUCUCUCCCUCCUAACCCCGUUCUCCUGCCUUUCUCACCAUAACCCCUGACACCAGUAACACUUCAUAUUUCGCUUGGGCAGCUUAUAGCCCAGUGAUAUGAAUAUUGACUUCUCUAACUUCAAGUAUCCCUUGCUUUUCCUCUCUCUCCACCCCUCCCCCCAUCCUAGUUCUCCUGAUUAAAUAUUACUUUGUAUGCCUUGAUGUCACCUUCCCUUAAGUAACAAUAAUCUAUUCUACAUUUUCCUUGAGCAUCGUCCCUGUUGAUCUCUCAUUUUCACACCUUGCCCUUCCACUACUCUCGUUUUCCCCCUCCGCUGACUCUCAGUCUGAAGAAGUCUCGACCCAAAACGUCGCCCAUUGCUUCUCUCCAGAAAUGCUACCUGACCCGCUGUGCCAUUCCUAUGAUUAUUUUUCUAUGUAAAACCUGAAUAUAAUCAAGAGAGAAUAUAAUCAAGGUGUGGGAACUAAGGGGGACCACAAAUGGAAUGUGUUUAAAAUGGUUUGGGGAAAAUUGAAUAGUUUGUAACUUAGUCGGCGCCCUUUAUGUGGUGACUCUUUGCAUACCUUGGGUGUGUAAAACAAAGAAUAUCACUGUGACUUGUCACAUGUGAUCAUUCAUUCAUUCAUCCAUUAUAAUCACACCAACAGUAGUAUCAUCGAAUUCCGUUAUCAUGUAUCAGUACACUGUGGAUGGCUCGAUUGUAAUCAUGUAUUGUCUUUCUGCUGGCUGGUUAGCACGCAACAAAAGCUUUUCAUUGUACUAUACCUUGGUACCUCUUAAAAAUACCCACUGUUUUGCUGUUACUCAGCAUAGAUUGUUUGUCCUAGUUUGUUCUGGUGGUCGUAUAUUCAGAAUGAAAGGUUGUUUAUCCAUGAACCUGAUGUGUUGUGUUGACCAUUUAUUUUGCGUGCAGUUUGUCAGUGAUGUAAUUACUUGUAAAUAGUAACAAAAUAGUUUUUUUAAAGCACUUUCUGUAAUUGUGCAGUGAUUUGUUUUGUAUAACGACCUUUUUUUUCCUCCAAAGGCGGAAAUCCGUUUUAAUUAUAUUCGGGUUUUAAUAUUCUCAAAGGAGUUUUAUGACAUUUUUAUAUUCAUUGUGAGUAGUUGAAUUUUGCCCUAGUACCAAAUUAAAAAAUAAAUUCCUUUUUGCAUUUUUGCAGCA